CUGCACAACAAGCAUGGUAUCACCCGACGAAGCCAAGUCCACUAUCAAACCGCUUUUCGAUGACUGCAUAAAACGUCGGGAAGAACACGAUUUCGAAACGGCAGUUGCAUACUUCGAUCCUGACGCUGUUUUUAUUCAGAAGGGAAAUAGGAUGAUUUAUGGAAGAGAACAAUUGAAAGAAGAGCACGAUGCCUUCAAGGAAAAAAGUGGUAAACGAACAACGAAGAUUACCAACGAGACAUAUGAAAUGGAUGGCGAUUUUGGCAUAGUACACGCUGACUAUGAGAUUGAGACAGAAAAGAUAGGAGUGCUCAAAGGAAAACUUCUGCAAAUUUGGCGUAAAUCUAACGACAAAUGGCUAGUUAUACAUGAGGAAUACCUAAUGGAUUUGAAGCUCUGAUCUAAGUUUGCUUACAUUUAUUGGAUUGGAUAUGCUGCUAGUUGUGGGCAACAGCUAUCUUGAGAAAAAUUUAAAAAG